UGCCAUAGACUUUGUUUACGUAACGAUCUAUUUACGUUGCUCCGUUUUGGAAACAUUUUUUAUAAUAACAACAACACAUUGCAGGUGAUGAUGUCAGCUGUUGGGCAUCGCUAUUAGUGCUGUACAUUUACAUAACAAUGGUCGCUGUACAGGUAGAACGUAUAAACCCCUAAACAAUUGCUUCCAUGUUACUACUGGGAGGACGAAAUGCUCUUAUUUCUUUGAGUAUAAAUGGAAAAUCUAUCCGCAAUGGAGAACAGCUCUCACCAAUCUGACCACCAAAAGGAUCAAAACAAACAGUGGAUGUCACAGCUACCUGAAAAACUAUGGGACAUUCCACUCAACAAUUUAUCAAUUCCAGGGAGUCAUGACACCAUGUCUUAUUGCCUGGAUAAAAACUCUCCGGUUGAUCCCAAGUCACCAGCAAUGCUUUGUGUCUUAGAGAAGUUUGCACCCUGUGUUGCACGCUCCAUUAUUUUAAAAUGGUCUACAACACAGGUAUUAAAUGUAUGUGAGCAGCUGAAUGCUGGCAUUAGAUAUCUGGACCUGCGAAUUGCACCUAGGCCUAAUGACCCAUCCCUGACCCUCAACUUUGUACAUGGGCUCUUUACAUCAGUGACUGUUGAGGAAACACUGCAAGAAAUCUUACAAUGGUUACAAAGUCAUCCAAGGGAGGUAAUCAUUCUAGCAUGCAAAAACUUAGAAGAAAUGACCCCAGUGCUUCACAUGCAUCUCAUUUCCUGUAUACACCAAAUCUUUGGUACAAAACUUUGCCCAAAAAAAGAGCAGCCUACACUGAGGAACAUGUGGAACCAGGGUUAUCAAGUGAUUAUUUCCUAUGAAGAUGACUUGGCAAUGAAAUAUGAAUUUCUAUGGCCCACUAUACCUUACUGGUGGGCUAAUACAACUCGCACACACUCCCUUAUUCGCUACCUUGAGAAGCAUAAAGAAGGAGGACGUCCAGCUGGAUUCUUCGUGGCUGGCCUUAACCUGACAGAGAACUGGUCAUACAUACUGAAACAUCCAUUUGGUUCCAUGAAAACUCUAACUAUACCUAAACUUCCACUCUUGAACAAAUGGGUGCAGAAACAGCAUCCAGGACCCCAGAGAGAUGCAGUUAACAUUAUAGCUGAAGACUUAAUUGGAUCUGAUAACUUUGUUUCUGCAGUUAUUAAUCUCAAUAGGAUACUAACUGAUCAUCAGCCUUGAAUAUUUGUAAAUCUUGCACUGAAUCCUCACUGUAUGGUGGCUGAACACCAUUUAAUUGUAAUCAAUAAGAAAUAUAUGACCUGGUUAAUACUCAUACCUCAACUUAAUAAAUGUAGCUUACAUGAAUGAAAA